AGUGUGCAGUCUGCAGUUUUCUUGUGCAGCUUGGUGUAGGGGAGGAAGGUUCUUCCUCUUUUGUGCCCUCUGCUCCUGGGGGUCUGUGGAGGUCUGAGAGACUGUCCGUUCCCAGCAUCUCCGGAGUCCUCCUUGCUCCCACGGCAGCCCAGGGAAUGCAGGUAGCAUCCAGCACCCCUGUCCUGCCCCAGGAGGGCAGGUGUCCCUGGCAUUUGCUCCUCAGAUGGUUGAUAAGCAUCUGCCAAAGAUAGCCAGGUCAUGUGACCAGGGACAGGGAGUUCGUCCUGAAGUCUAACUGAAAUACCUCCUGCUGUAGUCAGCCUAGAGCCCUGGGAGAGUUGCUAGGCAGGUUCUAGUCCCCUGCUGCCCUUGGGAAGCUUCCUGGGUCCCAGAGGUUGCCUCUGGAAAGGGCGGGUUCCAGGCACAGAGAUGCAGAAAGAUGUUUGAAGCCCCUGUCUGCACCAGGACCCUUCCCAGCAUUACCUCUCCUCUAGGCUGAAGCUGACCUUGAGGCCCAGAACCUGCAACCAGACAGAGAGCUCGGGGGGUCGUGGGCCGGGGGUGGAAGAAGCGGAGGUUGUCUGCCUGUCUCCUAGAUGUCCAGCUCCCAUGGAGAGGAGAGGAAGGGGCGAGCCCACAGCAAGAGUGAUAAGGCUCGGGCUCUGAUUGUCGGAACACACAGGCAGAGGCCCCCUCUGCCUGAACCCUCAGACAGUGACCAGUAGGUGCUGGCCCAGGCAGGUAGCAUGGUGGAGGGGUGCCUAGUGAAGUCCUGCAGAUCAGCGGAGCUAAAACCAGCCAGGCAGGAGCAGAGGAAGCUGAGACUGGUGCAUCCUGAGCCUGCCUCCCCGAGGACCCUUGUGCCAAGCCCUCCGUCCCAGUUCAGCCCCAACCCCUUGGCACUGAGGGUAGAUCCCCACCCCACUGUCUCCCAAGUCCAUACCCUCCCCAGGUCAGGCUGGCUCUGCCUGGCCUUGCCAAGAACAGCCAGGACAGGGUGGACGCAGCUUGGGUCCUAUGCCAAUCAUCUCGGAGAGCUGGGGCGGGGGGGGGGGAGCGUGCAGAAAGCAAACCAGGUGAGCACGUGGGCCCCCUGCCUGUGAGAGGUCACCCCCUGCCAGCCUCUCUCCUGGCUUCCUGAGGGUAGCAGUUUCUGCCUCCAAGCCUGCCCCAGGGUCAGAGGGAGCCAGACACCCAGCACCCGGGGUCCAUCUGCCGCCAGCUCUGCCUGAGGCCUGCCUUUGUGGCCGGGCUCUGCCAGGCUGGAGCCAUGCUGAGUGGUGGCCACGGUCUCUGCCCGCCUGUCUCUGGGGGUCCCGCAUUCCCCCGAUGCUGAGCACAAAGUGCCCAGGUGAGGAUGCCCCUAGUUUGGAGUUUUCUGGUCAUACACGUGCUGAGGGACAAGGAUGUCCCUCUUGGAGGCCAUGGGAGCCGGUGAGAGGCUGUGGUUGCCUCUGGGGCUGGGGCGUGCUGGGAUCUCAGGGCACUUGCAUGCAGAAGGUGAGGACGCAUGCGUGCAGCGACCACAUGAACGCGCACACACAUUGUCAUGUGAAUCAUGGCACGCAGGGCUGGGAUGAGUUGUGGGAACGGGGUAUGUACCGAGCCCUGAGCAUGGCCAGUAUGCAAAGGGCUGUGUCCAGCCUGUAUUUCACAUGAGGGCCAGGCGGCGCUGUGUACCCAGCCUCCCCCAGGAAAGCGGGGAAGCGGUGCCGGUGGCCUACCAGGGGCAGGCGGGGAGGGUAGGGGCUCCUCCUGCUUCUGGCCUGGGACCCACUGUCUCCUCGGCUGCCGCCCUCUGGUGGGGCUGACUCAGGCUCCCAGCUGACCUAGGCUCUGGGUGCUCCCUCCCCAGGGGAGGGGUCUCAACUGAGCCUGCAGGGGGUCCUUAAAAGCGGGGAGGCCCAAGCCCCUCCCAUGUCGGUUUCCUCUGCGCCCCCCAGCCUAUUGCAGCAUCUCCCCCCUCCCUGCUCUGCCCAGCUCUGUGCCCUGGUCUGACUGUCGCAGCUGGGGAGGUGAGGGGUCUGCCCAAGGAGGGCCUGGGGGCCAGGUGCCCGCCCGGGGGGCCGGCACGGUGCAGGGGGUCUUGCCCAGGAAGGGAGAGUGAGCCUGUGCCUGUGGGAGGUGACAGGAGGGCCAGGACCGGGUGGGGCGGGCGAGGGCGGGCUGGCCGGGCUGGGGUGGACACCUGAGGGUGGUUGCAGGGAGGGGGUGAGGAGAGGACCUGGCUCUGCAGCUCCGCCCGCUGCCGCAGGAGCAGCAGUUGCCUGGCACCCCUGCUGUUGCCAUGGCAACAACGGAGGUGCCAACUUGCUAAUGAGUCCCCCUCAGCUGCAAAUAACAAUACUACAGUGGUUAAUAGGGCCAAGCCGGAGGCUCCUCAGGAGCCCGGGGUGGGGACCAGGUACCAGGUGGACCACGCGAUCCAGCCCUCCACCCCUCCAGCCCGUCCCCCCCCCCACCAUGGGUCUCGGGCCUCGCCUCCCGGCCCCUCCGCCAGGCUCCUUUCCCUUCUGUGCAGUGGGCACCCCUCCACACUUGUCCGGCCGUGUAAGGACCGGAGGGCAGGGGCCAGCAUGCCGGACACAGAGCAGCAAAGGCCCCCUCCGCCGCCCAGCCUCCCCCCGUGGGAGGACACUCUGCCCAUGGUGUCCCCAGCCCACGGCCUCCUGGUCGGGGUCCUGAGCCUCUGAACUGGACGCGGGUCCCACACCCCACAAUGGGAGGCUCUGCCCAGCCCUGCAGGAGAAGGAGGCUGGCCCCCUGUGCGCCUGAACCCUGACCUGCGGAACUGGGACACCGAGCUCCCAGCCAGUCAGCACCCCGCCCUCUACCCCGUCCGGAUGAUCGGCUUAUGGAGCCAGUGGGCAGGAGGGGGCGGGCGGCGGGGAGAGACCUGCGUCCCCAAGACGGGACAAGCAGAAGGGUGUGCUCUGGGAGGGGUCUGGCGCCAUGUCUGGGCACUCCAAACCCUAGGCCAGACUCAGGCCAUUGGAGCUGCCCCUGCCCAUUCCCGGGGUUGCCCCUCCCCACUGCCCACUGCCACGCCAUGGCCGGGGACCGGCUCCCACGGAAGGUGAUGGACGCCAAGAGGCUGGCCAGCCUGCUGCGGGGCGGGCCCGGGGGCCCGCUGGUCAUCGACAGCCGCUCCUUCGUGGAGUACAAUAGCUGGCACGUGCUCAGCUCCGUCAACAUCUGCUGCUCCAAGCUGGUGAAGCGGCGGCUGCAGCAGGACAAGGUGACCAUCGCUGAGCUGAUCCAGCCUGCCGCCCGCAGCCAGGUGGAGGCCGCGGAGCCCCAGGACGUGGUGGUCUACGACCAGAGCACCCGGGACGCCAGCGUGCUGGCCGCAGACAGCUUCCUGUCCCUCCUGCUCAGCAAGCUUGACGGCUGCUUCGACAGCGUGGCCAUCCUCACAGGGGGCUUUGCCACCUUCUCCUCCUGCUUCCCCGGCCUCUGCGAGGGCAAGCCUGCUACCCUGCUUCCCAUGAGCCUCUCCCAGCCCUGCCUCCCUGUCCCCAGCGUGGGCCUGACCCGCAUCCUGCCUCACCUCUACCUGGGCUCCCAGAAGGAUGUCCUGAACAAGGAUCUGAUGACCCAAAAUGGAAUAAGCUACGUCCUCAACGCCAGCAACUCCUGCCCCAAGCCCGACUUCAUCUGCGAGAGCCGUUUCCUGCGCAUUCCCAUCAAUGACAACUACUGUGAAAAGCUGCUGCCCUGGCUGGACAAGUCCAUCGAGUUCAUCGACAAAGCCAAGUUGUCCAGCUGCCAAGUCAUCGUCCACUGUCUGGCCGGCAUCUCCCGCUCUGCCACCAUCGCCAUCGCCUACAUCAUGAAGACCAUGGGGAUGUCCUCGGACGACGCCUACAGGUUCGUGAAGGACCGGCGCCCGUCCAUCUCGCCCAACUUCAAUUUUCUGGGCCAGCUGCUGGAGUAUGAGCGCAGCCUGAAGCUGUUGGCCGCCCUGCAAGGUGACGGGACGUCCCACCCCGGGACCCCGGAGCCCCUGCCGGGCCCUGCCGCCCCACUGCCGCCGCCGCCGCCACCACCUACCUCAGAGAGUGCCGCCACCGGGAGCGCCGCGGCCGCCGCCUCCAGGGAGGCUGCACAGACGGGGGGUGCGGAGACCCCCGGCCCCGCCCCGGCCACCAGCGCGCUGCAGCAGGGCCUGCGCGGCCUGCACCUCUCCUCCGACCGCCUCCAGGACACCAACCGCCUCAAGCGCUCCUUCUCGCUGGACAUCAAGUCGGCCUACACCCCGAUCCGGCGGCCCGAUGACCCCGGGCCCUUGGACCCAGGAGAGGCCCCCAAGCUCUGCAAACUGGACAGCCCGUCCGGGGGCACGUUGGGCCUUCCCUCCCCCAGCCCCGACAGCCCGGACGCGGCGCCCGAGCCGCGCCCCCGUCCCCGCCGGCGGCCCCGGCCCCCAGCCGGCUCCCCGGCGCGCUCCCCGGCUCACGGCCUCGGCCUGAACUUCGGCGACGCCACCCGGCAGACUCCGCGGCACGGCCUCUCGGCCCUGUCGGCGCCCGGGCUGCCCGGCCCUAGCCAGCCGGCCGGCCCUGGGGGCUGGGCGCCGCCGCUCGACUCCCCGGGCACGCCCUCCCCCGACGGGCCUUGGUGCUGCAGCCCCGAGGGCGCGCAGGGCGCGGGCGGCGCGCGGUUCGCACCCUUCGGCCGGGCCGGGGGGCCAGGCGCGGGCAGCGGCGACCUGCGGCGGCGGGAGGCGGCGAGGCCCGAGGCCCGGGACUCGAGGACCGGCUGGCCCGACGAGCCGGCCCCCGAGACGCAGUUUAAGCGCCGGAGCUGCCAAAUGGAGUUUGAGGAGGGCAUGGUGGAGGGGCGCGCGCGCGGCGAGGAGCUGGCCGCGCUGGGCAAGCAGGCCAGCUUCUCGGGCAGCGUGGAGGUCAUCGAGGUAUCCUGACCGCGGCCGGAGCGGCCUCUCCGCGGGGACGCGGCACCCCGAGCCCUCGGCUGCCCUCGGCUGGGCCCGCUAUAAAUAUAUAUUAUAUAUAAUGCAAAGAAAGGUAAAUGGUUUUACUGCGAUUUUUAUCGAGAAGUAAAUAUUUCAAUUUUUUAUUUAUUUAAGCUGUUCAUUCUGGCAAUGAUUUGGCAACAGUUCGGGCGGUCCUCGGAGCUCUAUUUUUACUGUCUGGUAUUUAAACUGAAACCCACGGUUCUAAGCAAUAUGAGGCCACCUUCAGUUGCAAGCUGGGGUGCCAGGUCUGGGGUUUCCCCGCCCCCUCCCCCAGGAAACACUGCUGACCAUUGCAAAGAGGCUGCUGAGCUUUCGUGCACUUUUUACAUAAGAAAAGGGGAAAAAAGGAUAAAAAACCUUUGCCGCAGACUGAGCCGCAGAGCCUCCCUGCCCUCCUGCUGCGUCCUCUCCUGCCCCUCCCUUCUCUGCUCCUCUCCUGGCUCCUCACCAAAGCCAUAGGUGGGAGGGGGUGUCCUGGGAGCCGGGGGGCCCCCCGAGGAGGCGCUCACUGCCCCCUGCCCCCUCCAGGCACCAAGCUUCAGUGCCACCGAGGGCGCCUCUGCCACCCACCCCCCCAGUCUGUUGCCUGCCAGGUGCUGGGGGGUCAGGGUGGGGUCCGGAAGAGGGUGGCAGUGCAGAGAAGGGGGCUCUGAGUGUGAGGGGACAUGGGACCCCAGGGCAGGGGUGGAGGUGGAACACCUCCACUCCCGUCUGAGCCUGGGUCCAGCUUCACGUGUUCCGAGGAGGCUGCUACCCUCUCCUCCACUUUGUGGCCCCCCCCCCCCCCCAGCGCCAGCUGCCAGGUGGGGAGCCGACAAAGGGGGAGCUUGGCCCCUGGGGGGCAGUGGGAAUAGCUGGGCCAGCCAGUACUGGCUCCACUGGUCAGAGGGCUGAUAGAUUCAGGGUCUUGUUCUGCGGGUCGAGGGGCCUCUCAAAGGAGGCACCUCAUGCCUCUGGUGGGGGGGUUGGUGUGGGUGUGGACGCCUCCCUUUGCUUGGGAGAGCCCCCUCCAGCUAAAGACCCCUCAUGUGAGCAGAUGCUGGAGGUGUCCCCCAAGUCUGCCAGCCCCCAUAGGGCUGCCGGAGGAGAAAAACCCCGUACACCCCACUCCCCUCCCAAGUCUCCCUGGUAUGUUCGAGGUUGCCAGUCCCCAACCCCCAUUAGCUUUUUGGCCCAGGUGGGCCAGCCUGGGGGUGAGGGCAGGAUAAAAGCCCCAGCUAUCCUCACCUCCCACCAUCUGGGGUAAAGGGGACCCAAGGCUUUUGGCGACAGGAGUGGGUGUCCCCCGACCUUCAGAUGUCCUGCAGCAUCCAGGAGUGGAUGCUGGUCACCUUGGGAAGAGGCCAAGGCUUGGCCGGAGGGGUGGCCUGGGCAGGACUGAGUCCUUGGGCAGGUGGGCGGAGGCUGCCUGCCCCCAGCUGCCCUCCAGCUGUUUAUUCUGUUUGUUCUUUUGACCCCAGCUCCUGUCCCGUCAAACCUCCUUUGAGCAGAAGUCCUGUUCCUGUUCCUCUGUCCCCACCCCGUUCCCCCAAGAAAAUAAGCUAUCAUUGUUGUAUUUGCAAUCUAUGGAUUAGAGGUUUAAGUAUUUAUUAUUAUUGGUUAAUUAUUAUUAUUAUUAUUGAUUAUGUAAAUCUGCCUCCUGUCUGUCUAUCGCGUUGGGUUUCUGAGGUGACCCUGGGUGUGGAGGAUGCACUGGUUCCCCCUCCGCGCCCCACGCCUGUGCUGUCCAGGAGACAGUGGUGGGGGCCACUGGUUGAGCCCCACAACCCUGGGGGCAGGUCCCACGGCCCGUUCCCCUCUCUCCGUCCUUCUCCAGGCUGCUGGUGCCCUGUGGCUUCUGGCCUGGGGCACAUGGGUGGGGGCUUUUGCUCUUGAGACACUGGCUGAAGUGAGUCGUUAUGAAGGGAGAAGUCCCUGUCUCAGCCCCCCAGCCCAGCCUCUCUCCGUGUGGGGGGGGGGCACCAGGCACCGGUCAAGAGCCCCUCCCUGGUCAGUCCCACCCACUCCCUGGGGGGGGGCGCGGUGGAGUGGGGCCCCAGGUCCCUCCCCCCUCCUGCUGGCCCAGUGCCCUGGCACGGGGUCCCCAGAAUGGACCUGGCCCCCUCCUAUUAUUUGCUGGAAAGUCCAGCGGAGGAGAGGUGGCAGGUCCCCCCGCACGGCUCCCAGUCCCUCUGGACUGGGCUGCCCACCCACCUGCCCGCCCCUCCUCGCUGCCCCCUCCCCCAGCGCGGCCGCUCUCUGCUCCCUGUCCUGUCCCCUUCUUUUGUAUUUGGAAACAACGUGUUGU